UUUUGGGGUUUUGUUAUUUCAGCGGCAAUUUUAUGUUUUGGUAUUUAGGCGGCUUUUGGAGGUUUGGUUUAAGACGCUAGUAUUUCGGCAUUUUGGUAUUAAGGCGCACUACGCAUUUUUACUCCAGAGAAAUAUAGUUUUGUAUUUGUAACAUAGGCGUUACUCCAGCCCAUUUAUACUUUUUAGAUGCUCCAUUCAAUCCAUCUGUGAGCAAAAAUCAUGGCUGCUUUCUAAAGGAAACAAUGAGUCUGAGAAGUUCUGGUUCAUUCUUGAAGUCCUCUUCUUUUUAUACAAGAAAACUUUGCAAGUUUUCUUGUCGUUGGUGCUCAUUAUUGUUUUGGUCAGGACCAGCUGGUCUUCUUUUGCAUAAAUUGCGACAUCAUCCAAGAAUGGACAAACAACGUUUAGUACUUUAUAAGGAGCUUUUACUUGAACGUUUGAACUGGAAACCACCCAAGCCAGAAAUUAAGAAUAACGUUAUUUCUCCUAUAAUUAACGAUUCUCCUGCCUUUGAUUUAUCUAAUGAUGAAGAUCAGGAGUCAAGGAUAACAACACCUCGUAAUUUCCCAUAUCGUUGUCGUCAUUGCCCUUUCAGCACAGAUCAAAUUCUUCGACUUCAAAAACAUGAAAACAAGCACAUUUUCAAGGCUGAACAUUGUUGUCAACAAUGUUCAUACUCAUGCCGCUCCAUGCACAUACUUAUGCAACAUUCUCGUCUUCAUGAAGUAGAACCAACAUCCUCUUCAACAACUUCACUUUCCUCUUUUCGGUUUCCUGAAGCCGGUACUUCAUCUUAUGAAAAUCAACAAAUGCCUUCAGAUAACUUUCAUCGAGAGGACCCGUCAUCCUCUAGGAGAACUAACUUUUGCCCACAUUGUCCAUACAAAUCGAAACAUAAUUGCGAUAUGAAAGCACAUCUUAAAAUGCACGUUGAACGUCGUAAAUUUGCGUGUCGUCACUGCACCUACAGUACAAUGAGACAGAAUGCUCUUAUUUCACAUGAAAAACUUCAUCAAAUAAACCUCACAGAUAAAGGUGCGUGUCGACGUGUGAAAUGGAUUUAUGCGAAAGAGAAUGGCGAGCGUAGUGCUCAUUUGGGUUGGCGUAUGCGCAUUUUGCGCAGUGGUUGGCAUUUUUAUCGCUGUUCUAUCGUCGAAUGUGGAGCAGAAUUUGCAUUUUGUGCAGAACUUGUGCAACAUUCUCGUCAUCAUCAUUUGGCUUGGUGGAAAAAGAAGAAUGAAAUCGUUGCUCGAACCAGAAACCUAAUAAGAUGUACUAUCUGUGGUUUUCGUACAUCGCUAGAAAUGAGGAUGCGUGAUCAUGAGGCAGUUCACCAAAACGAUGGGUGCAAAAAUGUGCGGUCUGUUGGAGGAGUCUUCAACUGCAGAGAAUGCCCAUAUUCUACAGCCAAUUACGCAAAAUUUUGGAAUCAUCGUCAAAAGCAUAAAAGAACUAAUCGAUUUGCUUGUUCGUUGUGUUCAUUCAGUUCUGGUUCUAUUCAAUGUUACAUCGAGCAUUCUAAAUUGCACGGAAUUUUAAAAAUUGAAUCUGAAGAGGCUGUUGAUAAAGCAACGAAUAAUGUUAAGUUUGAAGCAAUUGGAAUGGAUGGAGACAAUAUAGAAGUACCUGAAGACGAUGGCAAUAAUGUAUCAUCAUCUUCUACUUCUUUGGAUCAAUUGAAAUCUGAUGAUUUACCAAUAUUUAAGAAGCAGAAAUUUCAAGAACAAUUUGGGGCAAUUAAACCUGUUAUUGCACACUUAAGGAAUGCACAUUUAGUCAAAGAAACUGACUCUUCUUCUUCUAAUUCUGCUUCUCUUAAAAAUACUGCAGGAUCUUGCAUGGAAUGCCCAUAUAAAACAUGCGAUAAGGUUUUGCUUAAAUUGCAUAUUCAAAUGCAUAAAAGAAGUGGAAUCCGGCCAUAUUCAUGUAAUCUCUGCACAUUUCGUUGUUUUUCUGCUGAAUCUCUUCACUCACAUUUAUCUCUUCAUUAUCGUUCCUUUACUUCUAAAAAUGUUGAUAGAAAUGACGAUCAAUUUAAAACAUCUAGCAAUCCUUCUUAUCAAUGCUCUCAUUGCAACUUCAAGUGUAUUGAAUUGGACUCUUUUCUACUACACCGAAAGGAGCAUGUUCAGCUUUUACAACAACGCCUUAUGACUAUCAUCAAACGGUCUGCUAAUGACAAUGUUUUAGUAAAAGAAAAUAAAACAAGAUUUUCACGAAGUGCUCGUUCUGAUAGACAGCACUUUUGCUCAAAAUGCUCAUUUAAAUGUGAUAGUUUACAAGCAUUUUCUCUUCAUAUGGAGCAUCAUCAACCAAACCAACAAGAUAUUUUUAAUUGCAGCAUAUGUGAUUAUAGUUCAAAUACAAAAGCUGUUGUUAUUUUUCAUGAGAAGAAUCAUCACCUGGAUGUUCCAUUGACUUUACUUUGUCAGAAAAUUAAGCUUCAACAAGAAGAAAAUAAUAAACCAGUUUCAUUGCCAGAAGUAUUUAUGGUUAAUCAAUUAUCACCAUACUUUAAAGAAGCUGCAAUUAUUUUAAACAGAGCAUUGAACAAAGAAGGCAGUGUCAGACAGUUUAUCUACUCAAGCAAAUUGAAGAAUAAAAGAAAGUUGCUCAAACUUUGCUGUGAAGUUGCGAAGUAUCGCCCUUUGCUUCUUAAAUUAUAUAAACAACGUUCAGUUUCAAAUUAUUUGUUAAAAACUUGGCCAGCAAUUACAUGUGAUGAAGCAUUGUUUCUACUUUAUGAGUUUACUUUUGGACGUUUAGGAAUGAAAAAAGAUGGAAAUGAUCAUGAAGGAAAGAAUGAAUGCUACUUUAGAAAUAUUCUGUCAGAAGAGAUAACCAGCCUUGAACGUAAAGGUUCUGUAAAUCAUUUAACUGUGCAAAGUGAAGCAUCAUUACUCCCGCGGUAUGCACGCGUGAAUCCUUUGAGAGAACAACUACCUUAUGUUUUGGAUUUAUUAAAAGAUCAAGGCUGGACGGUGCGUCGAUUGAAAAAGCUGAUUCCCCCGUUAAAGUACCGUAAACUUGUUGCUAGACUGGAGCCAUUAAAAUGCUACAUUGAUCCACAUAUUGACAAUCUUUUGAUUUUUCCUCGUGGGACCGAUCUGCACGAUCAUAUUUUGGUGAAGCAAGGAGUUUUAAUCCUUCAAGACAAAGCAAGUUGUUUCCCUGCUUUUUUGUUAUCUCCACAACCAGGUUCUUUUGUAAUGGAUGUUUGUGCAGCACCCGGGAUGAAGACUACGCAUCUGGCAGCUUUAAUGAAAAAUAACGGCAAAAUUUUUGCAUUUGAUCGAAACGCUGAAAGACUUAAUUUAUUACAAAAAAUGUCUAAAAAUGCAAAUGCACGUAUUAUUCAAGCACAAUGUAUUGAUUUUUUACAAGUUGAUGUUAACAAAUUCACACAGGUUGAAUAUGCACUCGUUGAUCCGCCAUGUUCAGGUUCAGGAAUGGUAAAACGUGGUGAAUUUUUUGAUGAAUUUGAACAACCAAAUACAGGACGAAUUAAAUCAUUAGCUAAUCUACAGGCAAUGAUUUUGAAGCAUGCACUUCGUUUACCUUCCCUACGUCGACUAGUUUAUUCAACUUGUUCAAUUAAUUGGGCGGAAAAUGAAGGUGUUAUUUUUGAGGUUUUAGAGGAUGUUGAGAUUAGUGACCGGUUUAUUUUGGUAAAUGCGUUUAAUCAGUGGAAGCAUAGAGGAGAAUUGAAUGAGACUUUCAAUAAUAAAAUUUUCAGUAAAGAAGCGGCAGAAGAAAUAGUUUCUAAAUGUAUGAGAGCUUCUCCAAAAAUUGAUUUUACUAACGGAUUUUUUAUUGCUAUUUUUGAAAGAAGAAAUAAAUAG